AUGGCAGCCAAGAGGAUACUGGUGUAUCAAAAUGGGGAUGCCUUCUUCCCAGGCCACCAGCUGGUGGUGACCCAACGCCACUACCCUACCAUGGAGGCUUUCCUAUAUGAGGUGACAUCAGCUGUGCAAGCCUCACUGGCUGUACGAGCCCUCUACACACUUAGUGGCCACCCUGUCACCAACCUGGCUGACCUACAGAAUGGAGGGCAGUAUGUGGCUGCUGGCUUUGAGCAAUUCCACAAGCUCCAGUGAGUGGGGAGUCUCGGAGAUCCUUCCCCUUACCUGGCUGUUCUGUCUCAAAGUGUGUUCAAGAGGGACCUGCUAAGUCCCCCCUUUAGUCUGAGGCUGUCCCAGACUGCCAUUCAGGACUGGGAAGUGCUGAAGCUGCUGACUGAGAAGGCCACGUUACAGAGUGGGGCUGUACAUGAGUAUGGGAUGGGAGAAUGCACCCCAAGGAACUGCACCCUUGAGGGGCUCCCACUGUCCACAGGGACUGCUCUGGUGAACGGCCAUUACUAUCUGGCUGUUGGAGAGUUCAAGGACCACCCCUAUACGGAGCUGCUGGUGCCCAGCCCCUCUCAGUCCAAGGGCUACUGGUGUCCUCUAAACCUGUAGUAUAAAGCCCACAGGCAGAGGGUCCAGGGCCACAAGGCCCUGGUAGCCCAGCCUUCUCCAAAGGAGCCAGGAGAAACUGAGCCAUCCACUUUCUAUGGCAGUUCCCAGCAGUCCCUUCAGCCAUGGAACAAGCUCCCUGCUCUCGGUCACAUCAGGCUAGGGGGAGUGUAUGGGGCUCUGUACCCAAGGAGGGAGACAGCUGGGGCUCAGAAAGUGGAUCAGGUAAGCCCAUCACAUUGACACAGGGAAGCCUUUUUUUGUUGUUGUUGUUUUUGUUUUUCGAGACAGAGACACAGGGAAGCCUUAAGAUGGUCAGAGAUCUCACCUAAAGUCUGAUCUCCAUGGCGCAUCUUCCUGGUGACUGAGCAGAUAUAAAUCUGAAAGGCUGGCUUCCUGUUUCCCUCCUUGUUUCCCUCCUGUUUCCCUUUUAAGGCGUUCAAAUUUCCAGUAGGCUCCUUUCGUAGGUUGGGGACCUCUGGCAGUCGAUGCAAAUUGGGCAUACAUAUAGUUCUAUGUCUCCAUACAUCCACCAGAGGGCAGCAGAGACAGUAGAAGAGGCCUUGCCUACACACCACCAGCCUGGGCUAUAGCCCCAACCUCCGCCCAUACUCCACCAUCUUAAGAUCUGGGAGCUUAAGAUACAAACUGGGGACAACUACUCCCAGCCACCUCUAGUCCCAGCCCUCAGCAACCUGUUCUGGAGAAGCCAUGCCUCCUGGGCUCUCAGUAAGUGUGGCCUCCUCAGUCACAGGCAAACAAGUUCUAUGGGGG